AUGCAAUUCAUGAGCCAGGCUACCGGCUGGGCCGAUAGCAUCAUCUUGGCAAUGGCCCCAUUGGGCAUUAUUACCAUCAUCGUGGCAGCUAUUCGUGUUGGUGGCCCCUUCUGGCUCGGAUCAGUAAUCGGAAGAGCUCGGGAGAACCGCGCGGUGCCAGAGGCCGAGUUGAUGUCGUCAACCUCUUAUGAGGUACGUGAGCUCUGGAAUGGCCAAGAGAUUGUCCGGGUUAUGGGUCAGGGGCCCAUUCGAGAGUUUAUUAUUCUCAUACCUGAGGAUAAAACCAAGGAUGAAAAAGAAACGGAAGAGGGGCGGGAAGGCCAUAUGCUCGAAGUGAGGGCAAUGGAACUGAAAGACCCCCCACAAAAUGAACAAGGAGUACUUGGGGCCAUGUGGUACGUGUAUCUGUCGCCACAAUGGGUACUAUUUUUUCAAAGUAGUGUGCUCGCCUGGGCUGGGGUAGCUACCUACUACUUUCAAUAUCCGAAGGACGACAAGGAAGGAGAACCCGUCGCAUGGGUUCGUCGAAAUUUCAACAAGAAUCCCGAAGCAGUUCCUCUUACGGCCGGAUUCGAAUUGGACUGGCUUGUAAUGACUCUCGAAAAGCACAGGACUGCCCUUUGGUUCUUGUCAAAGUCCGAUGAAGACUGUGGCCAGUUGGAUGAGUCUUCGAGACCAUGGGCAAAGGGUGAUGAUUCUUGGGACUGGAGAGUCGCGGCCGUCCAGAACCGCAACAACGUGAAAAUGGAUCCUGAUGAGCACAAGUCCGAGUCGAGGCCUCAAAGACUUAUGCGCAUUCGGAGAGAGCUUGGUAAACUUGCUGGUUGGGCUGGGGUUGCGUCAGCGGAAGCAAUUUCACUCACGCGAGCCAUCGAAUUUACAAUGGACACCCUUUUCAGUCAUGGGCCCAUAGAUUCAGGAGACAUGUGGUGGUCACUUACUGUCAGCGGUGAGCCUGUUUACUUUCGUCUUUCAUGGAAAGCCGGACACUGGACGGCAUACUCGGAUGAGCUGGACUCGGUUCUCCCUCUGUGGAUGUAUUCUGCCCACGAGAAAGAGCAACGCAAACAUACGAAAGAAGGUGACAAUACAAAAGGGGAUGACAAAAGCAAGACCUCGGACCAGUGGUUGAGCGAUAAAGGCACCUCGAAAAAGCCGAGCCUGCAGAUCUUAGCCAUCCGCCGACCAAGAAACACACAACGAUAUGUCAGCCUCACCUCACCAACUUACAACUUUUCAUCGCCUUCCUUGUCUUCCCCAGGAACUGCGUCAGAUGGUAUGGAAGAUGGCCAUCCGGCCAAAGGUCCCGGCCGCGCAUCGAUUUCCUAUCUACGACGUGGGGGCCGUCCCCGAGACGCUUCACAGAACCUGCGACUUGAUAUACCACGACCCACGUGUCACCACCCGCGAGACUAA